GACCAGCUAAUCGAUGAAUACUAUUCCGACUUGAAAGACGACCGCAAAAAAGAAGAAUGCCAAUCCAGGUGCACACAGGGGGACCACGUUUUUAAAUCAGUGCAGAGGGACAAAGCUGACUACGCGAGACUGGAUGAGAACGAGGAACCUCCACCUUUCACUGACUUGGUUCCAAAUGAGGCGAAAUUCGGCACUGUGAAGAUCACCAACCCUUUGCCCAAAGUAGAACGGCGAGACCAACUAAAGGAGGGCUACAUGCAGUGGCUGACGACGGAGAAACUGAUGAGGCCAAAUGAAAGAAGACUAGAAUACGAACAAAUGCAGGAAAAAUACCUAGAAACUUUAAAAUUAUCGGAAGAUAUAAAAAAGGAUGUAAAGCUCGCGCGAGUGGUUAAGUCGCAUUACCCUAGAGGAAUAGUUGGUUAUCUGAGCAUUUCGUUUGGAUCAUUUAAUAGGCAGGAGGUGUCAGCGCAAAUGGGGGGAGAAGGGACAACAGGGGGUCCUGCACAUCCUGAAAUGUUCACACUGUUGAUAGGCUUUGUGCUGAUCGAAGAUAACUACAUCAUAGUGGGCAACGGAAAAUACAGCGUUGAUUCCAUAUACAGUGAAAACACUGAGCUGUACAAGGACAAAUAUGAGGAGCUUAAAAGUAGGCAGGAAGUUCGGGCGAAAAAAAUGAAAGAACGUGGAGAAGCCCUGGAGCGGCAAAACAACAGGAAUGGGAACUUCCUGGCGUUCGAAGCAGACAAUAUGUGA